GCCCAUUCCAUGUGAUUCAAUCAUUUUGCUCUUCCCAGAAAAGCGGCAGAUCCAUACUUCGUCAGACCAUGGCAGGAGCUCCAGAUCCUUAGACCCCCACCAACAUGAAUCGGCCAGCGCCCGAAGCCAGCACGGCCGAUUCCGAACCUCGCAAACGCCGUCGGCCGGCCAAGUCAUGCGAGCAGUGUCGCCAGCGCAAAGUCCGAUGCGAUCGCAAUGUCCCUUGUGGUCCCUGUAGGCGCUCGCGAUCCUCAGUGGACUGUUCAUAUCGGGAGAAUCACCGUUCUCUGAGUCCAGUCGCGAUUGAGCAGGCGCCCCUGCAUGCGACGCAACAGAGUACUUCGACUAUGAGUCCAGCGAAUCAUCCCGUUCUCGAGACGCAGCCCCCAACUCUGGCAGCUAAUGCGACUAUGUCAUCAGUGUAUCACCCGGAACUGAGGGAUACAGUACAUGGAAUGGUUAGUACCCAGGAACCGGCGGCUUCUUCGCAACAUGGUUCAGUUCGUCAGCUGCAGGACCGGCUGCAACGCCUAGAGGCGCAGCUGGCGGACUCAGCUACUGGGUCGGAUCAAUCUCUGGAGCGAACCCUGCGAGAUCUGUGCUGCAAGGUGCAGGCAUUGGAGGAAUGGCUGUCGUCGCAAUCCACGCAUCCAACCCCGGGAAUGGAGCCAGAUAGAGAAGGACAUGGAAGGCAGGAGCAGGCGCCAAUUAUGCCUUCGACACCUCUGCGGCUGGAUGCGAAAGUGAGAAAGAUGAAGCUGUUUGGUCCGACUCAUCAUGUCUAUACAUUAGAAAAGCUUCAGAUGCUCGGUUCCCUCGCAGGCAAGGACCCGCAGUCGGCAUAUCCGGAGCGUAAAGCUGAACUGGCGACGCUCAUCAAGGAGUGCCGGGACCUUCGCAAGUCAGUCAAAAAGAAACAGUCUCUGAAAUCGAAUGACCCUGUGUCCGACCUGCGCACUUCCAUACCCACACGAGAUGUGUGCGACGAAAUGGUGCGUUGUUACAUGGACACUUUCGAGCCUGUGUAUCGAAUCCUCCAUUUGCCAAGUUUUCAAACGGAGUAUCAACGAUUUUGGGAGGGACCUCCCGCCAAGGUUACGCCUUUCCUUGUCAAAUUGACCUUGGUACUCGCUAUAGGCACUACCUUCCAUCCACGGCGAAGUAAAGCAGGCACUGAACAUGACUCGCAGUUGGUCCAGUCCUGGAUAUACGCAGCUCAGUGGUGGCUCACUGGACCAACGGAACGAUUGACCUCGAGUCUAGAGGGUAUUCAGGCCGUUUGUCUGCUUCUUCUCGCCCGUCAGAUGGGAGACCUGGGGCCGUCUAUCUGGCUGUCACCAGGGUCUCUUCUGCAGGCGGCCACGGCCAUGGGCCUGCAUCUGGACUCUGCCAGAUUCCCCAGCCUGUCGCCCUAUAUGGCCCAAAUGCGUGCACGUCUAUGGACAACCGUCCUAGAGCUCACAAUUCAAUGCUCCCUGGACACUGCUGUACCACUGAUCAUUCCCGCUUCAUCUGACAGCAGACCCCCUUGCAACCUUAACGAUAAAGACCUUGACCCUGAUAUGAAACAAGCGACCACCGCCCGACCCAUGUCCGAACUAACAGACUCCUCCAUCCAAUUGCUUCUUCAUGAAUCCUUCUCCCUCCGCGCUGAAGCCGUUAACCUCAUCCAUGACCGUUCGAAACUCACUUACACUAAAGCCAUUCAACUGGGUACCAAGCUCCGCGAUGUCUGCCAAACCCUAACCAUUUUCUUCUCCUCCCAUACCCCCGACCUCCACCCAGCGCCCUUCCACCACAAAUUCCUCGACAUGAUCCUCCGCCGAUACAUCCUCCUCCUCCACCUCCCAUUCAUGCGCGAAGCACCCACCAACCCCCAGUAUCAUUUCUCCCGCAAAGUUUGCCUCGAAUCCGCCAUGAUCAUUGCAUCCUACGCCAGCACCCUCACUCUCCCCACCACCACCGACCUCGACGCCUUCUCCCGUCUCCUCAUCGCCGGCCGCGGCUCGUUCCGCGGCCCCUUAAGUCUGGAACUCUUCUCCAUCCUCGGACUAGAAGUGAUCACCCAACUCGACGAAUCCCCUCCGCUACCGCCCGCCUCCACAGCAACAGCAAUGGCAACAAACCCCUUAGCCGAGCUCGCCCGCACGACCCGGGCCCCCCUGAUCAAAAUCCUCGAGCACAUCCGCGACCAGAUCUUCCAGAUCAUCCGCCUCGGCACCCCGAGCCUCAAACGAUGCAUCGUCCUCUCGGCGAUGUUGGCGCAGAUCCGCGCCAUGGAGACGGGCGAGUCCGUCGAGGACGCCGUCGGCGCGUCGCUGGUCCUCAGCUUGAAGGAGUGCUAUGCGGCGCUGCAGAGCUUUGCGGCGACGUUGCACGGUGACGGGGAUGUUGCGGGUAUGAUGACGGGGGCGACGGUGGGGUCGAGCUCGGGCAGUCCGUCGGGGUUGGCGGGGUUGGAGUUCAAUGCUGUAAGUUGUUUGGUUCUUGCUUGCUUGGUGAGAGAGAAGGGAGGGGGUGGAGGGCGAGGCUGGGUUUGUGAAGCUAGAGCUAAUUGUGGGGCUGGGUAG